AUGAGGCUGGAAGGGGAUCCCAUCACGCUGAGGACGCCCAUCUUGCUGUUUGGGCUCUGGGUGGUGCUGGCUCCCACCCAGUGUUCUGAAGGUCGUCCCUCCUGGCGCUACAUCUCCUCGGAGGUGGUGAUUCCCAGGAAGGAGCUGCACCAUGGCAAAGCCCUGCUGGCAGCAGGCUGGCUCUCCUACAGCCUGAGGUUCGGGGGCCAGAGACACGUCCUCCACAUGCGGCGCAAGAGACUCUUUUGGCCUGGGCAGCUGGUGGUGAUGACGCAGGAUGACCAAGGAGCCUUGCAGGUGGACCACCCCUUUUUCCCGCUCGACUGUUACUACCUGGGCUACCUGGAGGACGUCCCUCUCUCCAUGGUCACUGUGGACACGUGCUAUGGGGGCCUGGAAGGAAUCAUGAAGGUGGACGACCUUGCCUAUGAAAUCAAACCCCUCAAGGAUUCCCAGAGGUUUGAGCAUAUCAUUUCUCAGAUUGUAGCCGACACCAACGCCACAGGACCUACGUCCAGGCUGGGAUACAAGGCAGAGAGGCACCCUCUGCUCUCCAAAGUGAACACCAGUGCAGCCUCCAGGAUCAGCAGUAAGCUCUAUUCAUCCCACAGAGGAAACCUGAAAGCCUGCCUCAUGAGUUCCAAGUCCAUUUAUACUCUGUACAGAAAUGUGUCAGAGAACAUCAAAUUCCUAGUAUAUCUAGGGAGUUUAAUGGACUCCAUGUUCCGAGGCCUUGACAUAAGGUACUACAUCAGCAUCCUGGUCAUUUAUAAUAAGAGGGAUCCAACCGAUAUGACCAACUUUUAUGUGCCGUUUGGUCCAUUUGCUCAGAAUUAUCGGCACAACAUUUAUAAUCCUUUUCGGCCCUAUUCAGGCUUAAUGGUGCUUAAAGAUGAACCCCAUGAACUUAAUUUUAAUCCCAUUUUGAACAGUAUGUGUACGCCCCACAGUCUGGUCUAUGUGGGUCACCUGUACAGACAUGUAUUAUUGUUGGCAGUAAUAGCCACCCAGCAAGUUGGGAGGACAAUAGGUGUGUAUAUGGAUACAGCUGAUUGUGUUUGCCAGCGAAGGACCACCUGCAUCAUGUACAGGUACCCCGUGUUGACAGAUGCCUUUAGCAACUGCUCCAUGGCAUUCCUACAAAACUCCUAUAGUGCUGACCAUGCAGCAUGCCUCUACUUAACUGGAUUUGUCCAUGCAAAUGAAAGCCUGACAGUCACUCGAUGUGGAAACUCUGAGGUGGAAGACAAAGAGCAGUGCGACUGUGGGUCCUUCAAGGAGUGCUAUACCAACACCUGCUGUAAAACCGACUGCAGCUUCACACCUGGAAGCAUUUGUGACAGAGAAAGAUGCUGCACAAACUGCAUCUACACACCCGCGGGGACGCUGUGCAGACCGAUUCAGAAUAUCUGUGACCUUCCGGAGUACUGCAUGGGGAAGGAAACGAGCUGUCCUAUGAAUUUUUAUCUGCAAGAUGGAACCCCGUGCACCGAGGACGGCUACUGUUAUCAUGGCAAUUGUACCGACCGCAGUAUGCACUGCAAGGAGAUCUUUGGGGAAGGGGCACUGAAUGCUCCAGCAACCUGCUACUUCUUCAAUUUCCUGGCAAACCGAUUCGGACACUGUAGAAUUACUCAUGUGUUCAAUCCAACCGGUUGUAGUACCCGUAACUUAUUGUGUGGACGCCUACAGUGUACAAACGUUACUCAUUUGCCUCACGUGCAGGAACACGUGGCUUUCCAUCAGUCUUUCCGGGGAAACACCUGGUGUUUUGGACUGGAUACACACCGUGGAGCAGAAACAACCGACGCUGGUUUUGUGAGAACUGGUACCCCCUGUCGUUCAAAAAAAUUUUGUGAUAAGGGCUCCUGUAACUCUUCCAUAGAAGCCAUAAACUACAACUGCCACCCUUCGAAAUGCAACUACAGGGGCGUGUGCAACAACCAAGGGAACUGCCAUUGCCAUGUAGGCUGGGACCCUCCCCGGUGCAUAAACCCUGGUGCCGGAGGGAGUGUGGACAGCGGACCCCCGCCAAGAAGAACUCGGAGUGUGAAGACAAAUCCUAUGUCAAUCGUGCAUUUGAGAGUCGCUUUUGGUCGCUUGCUUGCCCUCGUAGCCGCACUGCUCUUCGGGGUAGCCACGAAUGUGAGAACUGUCCAGACCACUACAGUCACUGAAGUGCAAGUUGGAAAGUAAACAACAAGUCAGCCUUCCGACCCCUGUACAACUCAGGCAACAUGAAGAAACACCUGAAAAAAGUCACCAUAACCCACUGGCAGAGCUCAAGCCCACCUUCUGAAUGGCUGCAGGGGUCCUGUCCAUAUCUUGGGUGUGCACACCAUGAAUGUUUUCACAUCACUCUCUCUGACAGCUCGCUGGCCAGCAUGUGCAAUAAAGCUGAGAACAUGAGAAAGAAGAACCGUCCCUGGAGGCAACUGAAAGCUUGAGAGGAAAUUCCUUCGCCCAACAGGAAGGCGCUUUCCUUCCCACCUCCCUCUGCUCCUUUUCCUGGAGCUGCUCUUUGGACUUGGUGAGGUCAUGAGCUCCCCCUUGCAUUCAGAGUGCCCCU